AUGGCUAUUCCGAAUAAACAAGAUCCGAUUGUCCUGGUGAUUGAUUUCCACCAUGCGCGGGGUCCGGAAAUCGAGCAUUGCAUCGCCAACGAAGGCGCGAACCCUGCCACGGACAAUGACUGGUCAUUGCUGCCGUUCAUGGCCCUGUCUGAUGGCGCUCACCUUUCGACCGAGGAAUUCUCCUAUUUUACACUACGGGGCAGAGAAACACCCGAUACCCCUGAAACCUCUCUGUUCGGUAUCGCCUGCUCCCGCCAGCUCGAUGCCAAGCUCCUCCUCAAUCGCCCGCCGGACGUGACGAGAUCUACGGUACAGAAGGCGGUGGUUGUUGUCACCGAUUCCCCGCAGAGGGUAGGCCAGCUGCGUGAGAAGCUCUCCGUGGUAACAACGGCGUGGUUUGCUCAACGCGACUUUUCCGAUAUCGAUAUUUUGAAGAAAUUUCACGAGGGGUUGGUGAUUAGCUUGAUGAAGGAUGGCCCGAAAGAUCAGAACUUGGGUCUCUCCCUCCGAGAAAUGAUUCACGAAUUCAAGUACCAGACUUUGGUACUAUUCAAGGCAUUGCUAUUGCAGCCCAAGAUGCUUUUCUUCGGUACACGAUGCGAAAGAUUAUGCAUGCUCCAAUUUUCGCUCAUCUCCUUAAUACCCGGUCUUAUAAAUAACUUGGAAGACUGCGCAGAUCCUUCAUUUGACAGUUAUGAACAGAGCGUUGAGAAGCCAACUUCUCUCAAGACUAGUGAUCGCAGCUCUUUGCUGGCAUAUAUGGGUCUACCAUUGCAGAUCUUUGGAAAGGGAAGCAUGUUAGGGCCAUAUACCCCUCUUCAACAGUUAGAUCUGCUAGCCGACGAUGGUACGAAGUCCUAUGUCGUGGGAUCUACAAAUUCAUUGCUUCUACAACAGAAGGACCGCUACAGUGAUAUUUUAAUCAACCUUGAUGAAGAUAGCAUUAGCAUCUCAUCUCUGCCUCUCCGCAACGCUUUGGCCCUAUCCACGGCCGACAGACGCUGGAUCGAUCUUCUCACUCAAAUCGUUAAUGACACCUGGGAUGAAGAUCACCCAUCACGCCCAAAGACCCUUGGUUUUAUGGGCUCCGAGGAGUUCAUUCGAUUGCAGUUUGAGGAGUACCUGCUGGCCCUAUUAUCUUCCAUGAAAUACCACGAGGAACUCAGCUCGUUUACUUCCGGCGAUUCUGGCCAUCGUAGCAGAGCGCAGUUACAAAACUUCAACAUUGAAGGAGACCCUGCUGUCGACUUUAACACCGAAUUUUUGAUCCAGUGGCAGAAGACCUCCAACUAUGCACUCUUCUCGCGCCUCACCUCGGAUGCACUCUUGUUUUCUAUCACCGAACCCCGACACCCAAUAGCCGACCUUCAUCUAGACGAAAAGGUUCGUGAGGGACGGGAGGCACUCGGCAGACACCUUGCGACAGGCCAGAAGAAAGUCAGCGCAGCAUACAGCAGAUUCUGGUCCGACAUGGAAACCGUGCGCGAGAACCAAAAGAAGCGCAAUGAAGAAAGAUCCUCCCAGUCACAGCGCGCUUCGAUCGAUACCCCCGCCUCCCCUUCACAAGGAUCCAUCGAUGAUUCCACUUCCGAAACAUCGGGUGCUUGGUUUGCGAGCCGCCCAAGAGCGUCAAUUGACGUCGCCCAGGCCCAGGCUACAGUGGGCCAAGCCGGCCAAAAGGCCGGCGCAUAUUUCAGUUCAUGGGGGUCAUGGGCGAACGAGAAGCGACGCGAGUGGCAAGAAAAGCGCAGCGCUUCGCCAAGCCCGCAGCAGGGCGCAGUCGCCCCGUCACCAUCGGUACCAUCACUGCCCAUCGUCAGCGAAACCAUCAUCGAGUCAGAUCGCGGCCGUCGUCGCUCGAUGCAGCGACAAAGCGAAGAUGCCGAGGGUCUGUCGCGCAGUCUGAGCCGUAGAAAGAGAUGGAGCAAUAUUCUUCUGCGUCGCGAGAGUGGUGAAUUCAAACGCGACGAGAGUGCCGAUGCCCCUUUUCCCAAGUCACCCCUCUCGCAAGGCUUCCCAGCGCACGAUCAUGGAACGGAGGAGAAUCCAUUUGAAACUGAAAAGGUUCCGGGACAGCAGCAACAACAACAAGCUGCCGACGCGGACGGUUUCACUAGCGUCUCACUUACGCCCAAUGAGGGACUUCGCCUGGACCUCAACCCCAGCGAGCCUACCGCUGAAAAUACGGAGCGCUCCGAGAAGACCGCUGAUCCGCGACCGAAUGAUUCGCUGACUGCUCUGCCCGUCAAAGACGAAGAGCAAUCGCACGUCGAGGCCAAGGAUUCUAUUUCUAGCAAAUGA